CGUCAUGACGCGGGUUAUUCAAACGCUUAUCCAAGGGCUUGAUAAACUGUAUUAUGUCGGUGUUCGUUUCUCAGUAUCAGUAAGUUCAUACAGUAGCCGUAACUGAACGGUCAAAUGUUAAUAUUAUUGGGGCAACAGAAAGAUUUUUACGCGUUAUGGGUGUAAACUAACGUUAGCGCGUUAUGUUGUAGCAGUUUAGCAACCUUCUCUCGUGUUACGCAACAACAACAUCGCUUAAAAGACAACACUGACCGAUUUAGGCAUCAAACACACACAUGGAUUAUAGCAGCGGGAGGCAAGAGGAGAAAAAACCUCAUACAACAAACACGUGUUUUGGGCAGUAUUCAUACAGUGCAGAGGAAUACCAGGCAGUCCAGAAUGCACUGCGGCAGAAGCUCGGACCUGAAUACAUCAGCACCAGACAGGCUGGAGGAGGACAAAAGGUGUGCUACAUUGAAGGUCACAAAGUUAUAAGCCUGGCCAAUGAAAUGUUUGGGUACAAUGGAUGGUCACACUCGAUAUCUCAACAAAAUGUUGACUUUGUGGACCUGAUCAAUGGGAAGUUUUACGUUGGAGUCAGUGCUUUCAUUAAGGUCCAGUUAAAGGAUGGCUCAUUUCAUGAGGAUGUAGGAUAUGGGGUCAGCGAAGGCCUCAAAUCCAAAGCUCUGUCCCUGGAAAAAGCAAGAAAAGAAGCUGUCACAGAUGGAUUGAAAAGAGCACUCAAGUGUUUCGGAAAUGCGCUUGGAAACUGUAUUCUGAACAAGGAGUAUCUUAUCGCCAUCAAUAAAAUACCAAAGCAGCCUCCUCCUCCUUUGGACGCAGACAAAACCAAACGUAGCGAUUUGGAGCCGUCUGUAGAGAAAGCCAGGUUUGACAGCCUGGCCCAAACAAACAGCAGGCAAUUUACCAAACUGGAAAAGUCAGCUAACAUCCCCAUAGAGCAGAUGGGAAAUCUCCCUGUACGGGAAGGCCAUGAGAGCGCCACAGGGCCCAGGACUUCAUUGACAAACACAACGGCACUUCCUGGCAACACAACGACUCACCAGGAUACAGAAAACAGGCCCAGCAACACCUCCAGGUCAGCAUCUGAUACCACGGAGCUGUCCUCGUCUGAUCCUCUGCUGGACUCGAAGCAGCAGAGGAAGCUGAGACAGCAGCAGCUGCAGCAGAAGUUCAGACAGGAGAUGGAGGCUAAGAAGCUGCUGCAAGAGAAGAAAGACCAGCAGCCCACGCUGCACAUUAAACAAGAACAGGGUGUAGGUCCUGUUAACCAUAGUACACCAAACGGACACCUGGUGACCAAGCAGGAGCAGUAUAUGGCUGAUGACCCAGAAAUGUGGGACUUCACUUUGGACGGCAUCGAUAUGCUGGACGAUCCUUCAACGAGAUCCACUGAUCCUCCUCGUCCUUCCACACCAAACCAGCACACGAUGACGACACGCAGCAAGACCCCGCAGAGACCCCAAUGCCUGAGACCACCAGCCCAACCUCAGGGCCACUUCAGAUCUUCCACAGCAGGUGGACCAUCGAGCCCAUACAGACACGGCCAGAUGAUGAAGAAACGAAGAUUGGACACGUGAUGAAUUAAGCUAUUUAUUGCUUUUUAAAAAAAAGAUUAAGUUUUUUUUUUUUUUUUUUAAAUACAUUUUGUUUUAUUAAUUUGUGUAUAUGUUAAAAUAAUAAAUGUGUGCCAUGUCUUUCCAGCUGAACCUUCUAAAAUGUAAUAUAAGAUUUCUUUUUUAAAAUAAACAAUAUUGCCACCAUGUUUGCUUUUUUAUUGGUACCUGAUAUGAAGAAUUACAUAAAUGUCAAGUUGUGUGUGACAAUGUUUUGGAAAACCCCUUAUUAAAAAAAAAAAAAAAAAAAAGCAAACUCUA